AUGGCCUCCGGCCAACCAUUCGCGUCGCGCUCCUACGCGGGCGCAAAGAUGCCCGACCGCUCUGUCAACACAAACGCCAUGCCCUUCAGCGCCUCAUCCUUCUCGAGGCAUCGUGGCCUGGGCAAUACGGCCCCUGCAGACUUUGGCGGACCCGAAGGACCUAAACAAACGCAGCAGCCAACAUCCGCGCCUGCAGCGACGCAGUCCCAUGGCCCGGGACAGGAUGCGAACCCGUUGAGUCGGUUGACUGAGGAGCAGAGGGAAGAGAUUAAUGAAGCGUUCACCCUCUUCGACCUCGACCGCGACCGCCACCUAGACUACCACGAACUCCGCGUCGCCUUCCGCGCCCUAGGCUUCACCCUCUCAAAACAAGAACUAAUUUCCCUCCUAACAACCUACGGCGUCCCUCGCCCCCAAGUCCAACAACAACAGUCCGCCACCAACCCUCAACAACAACCAAAGCUCAACACGGCUUCAAACCCGCAACAUCCCUCCAACCUCCUUAUGCCUCUAUCCUCCUUCCAAGCCGUCACGGCCCUGAAGAUCCUGGAGCGAGACCCGCGGGACGAGAUCCUCCGCGCAUUCGAGUUAUUCGAUGAGGGCGGAAAGGGUUUUAUUGACUUGGAGGAUUUGAGACGCGUGGCGAGGGAGUUAGGGGAGACUGGGUUGGAGGAGGAGGAGUUGAGGGCUAUGAUUGAGGAGUUUGAUCUUGAGGGGGUUGGGGGUGUUACCAGGGAGGCUUUUGUGGGGAUUUGUUGGCAGUGA